AUGAACACAACCCUGGCUCUGGCUGUAAAACGUUUGUAUCCAUCAGGAAGCAACAAUGUGACCAGUAAUGCUCUGAAGCCUACCUGGGUUCCCUUUGCCUCCACCAAGGUCGCAGAGCAGCAGCUGGUCUUUUCUCUCAGGCUCAUGACAGAUGACUGGCAAUUUGAGAGGCCCUCCAGUGUCUACUUUCUGGGGCAUGUCAUGAGGAUGGAAGCCUCCAUUAUCCAAGCCCACCACACAACUCUCCGUGUCUACGUGGACAGCUGUGGGGCUACGCUGGCCCCUGAAAUGGCCUCUACACCGUGUCUGACUGAUGCUCGACAGACAGGCUCCAAGUCCCACUUCCUGCAGCAAACCCAGGAUGACAAACUCCAGUUUCAGCUUGAGGCCUUCAGGUUCCACCAAGAUGAGAGGAGCUCUGUGAGUAACGAUACAUUCACCUGA